UAUUAAUUUUCUAGGGAAUUAGGUUAUUGUAAGCCCUAUGUACGGAAUAAAUCACAACCAGAGGGUUGUAUAGCUGAGGGUCAUAUAGCUGAAAAGACUCUUACCUUUUGUUCUUGGUAUAUUGAGGAUAUUGAGACAAGGUUCAACAGACCUAGGCGUGUUCGUGAUGAACCAACUGAUAUGCCUGCUGGAAUGUCAUCUCUCUUCCCUCAAUUGGGUAAACCUGCAUCAGCUUCAGAAAACUUCCCUUUAAAUCCUAUGCAGAAACUACAAGCUCAUCGAUAUGUUCUUCUGAAUUGUGCAAUAGUCAUGCCAUUGGUGGAAGAAUACAUAAAGAGGAGUUUAAGGGGAAGAAGACCUUCACCUACAGAGAUAGAGAGGAGAGUUAAUAAAGAGUUUGUUGAUUGGUUUCAAAAGUGGAUUAUGAAUCAAGACACAAUAGAUACAAUGUCUAUCGAUCUAAAGUUUUUAGCACGAGGUCCAUCUAUAAAUGCAAGAAGAUUUACUGCAUAUAACAUCAAUAGGUCCAAAUUUCGAACUUUGGCUCAAGAAGAAGGUUUGAAAACACAGAAUAGUGGAGUUUUCUUAACCUCCAAAACAUCAUGUGUUGCAAGCAGUGUUGACGGAAAUUUAAGGCAACCAGAGUUACCAUAUUAUGGGAAGUUAGAAGAUAUUAUUGAGAUUAAUUACGAUGGACGGUUCAAGGUUGUUCUUUCCAAAUAUUGAUUCAUACUGGUGAACGUGAAGAACAUGAGCCUUACAUCGAAGCAUCUCAAUCACAAACAGUGUACUAUGUGGAUGAUAU